UGUACAGCAGGGCUGGAGUCAGGGGCGGACUGAUCAUUUGGAAACUCUGGCACUGCCCAAGGGCCCAGGGUCAGUAGGGGGCCCCAUGAGAUGCUCCUGGUACCUUUUUCAUAGGCUUUUCUGAGUUUGGGCAAGGAUACAGGGGCCCCAUGAUCCCCUAUUGCCUGGGGGCCCCAUGAGUUGUCAGUCUGCCCCUGGCUGGAGUAGGACAGGAAAAAGCAAAAAAUCUUGCCAAGAAGUGAGGGUAAAUCAUCUAAUGAAGAAAAAUGUUCUGAUCACAACAGUUUACUAUGUGAAUUUUCCCUCACUUUGGGGAGAUUUGCUCUUAAUUUCUGUUGACUCCCUUGGGCAGGAAAUGAUGAGAAAUUUGUCCAGUGAA